AUGGCACAGGCGGGGCCACAUGUGGAGCAGCACUUCGGCAACACGGAAGCUUCCCAUGGCGGCUUGCUGUUCCAGGGUUACGUCAACGGGCCCGUUACCAUCAACCGUGAGCCAACCCUCCCCGAAGCAUCCUUCGACGCGGCGAACAAGCAACAUGUGGCGACCUGUCUCCCCAACACGCGCCGCGACGUCCUCACACAGAUCAGGAGCUGGGCUGACGGCGGCGGCAACAAACACAUAUACUGGCUCAAGGGCUGGGCAGGCACCGGCAAGUCGACGAUCGCGCUGACGGUGGCCCGCGAAUAUAACAAUAAGAAGCGGCUCGGCGCGAGCUUCUUCUUCUCGAGGGGCGGGGGCGAUCUUGCGUCUACACGCAGGUUCGCCGCGACGAUCGCCGUCCAGCUUGCGGAGGCGUCGCCGCAACUGCGUAGGCACAUUGCUAAUGCUGCGGCUGCUACUCACCGCAUCCACGGGCUCGGCUUGUACGACCAGUGGGAGAGGCUUAUCCUGCAGCCGCUGGCGCAGCUGAGCAAGGAGGCGUUCCCUCACCCGCUGGCCAUCGUCAUAGAUGCCCUGGACGAGUGUGAUAACAACGACGAUGUCUCGCUCUUGAUUCGAUGCCUUGCAGCCGCGGGGGCCGUCGAGCACGUCGACCUAAGAAUAUUCGUCACUAGCAGGCCGGACCAGCCGAUCAACAUCGGCUUUGGCGAUAUCUCUACAGAUACGCAUCAAGACUUCAUCCUCCACAAUAUCGAACAGUCAAUUAUCGAUCAGGACCUAGCUAUCUAUUACAAGUACCAACUCCGUCAAAUAGCGCGGACCUACUAUCUUAACGCGGCGUCUCUCUCUAACGACGCGAUCCAGACGCUGGUCCAGAAGUCCUGUGGGUUGUUCAUCUAUGCUGCGACAGUAUGUCGCUUUGUCCGCGCGGGAGGGCCUCUUGCCGGCAAUCGGCUUGCUCGUCUGGUUUCCGCCGAGCGGUUGCCGGCCGGAGCGGGGACGGAGCUGGACCAGAUGUAUACGAUGGUGCUGGAGUACUCUCUAACCGCCGAUCUUGAACCUGAGGAGAUGGCUAGGAUGCGAGAACUCUUCCAACGUGUCAUGGGCACCAUUGCCGUGCUCUUCGACGCUCUUUCGCCUGCGAGCCUUGCUAUACUACUCAACCACCUUCACUCACUCCUUGAUGUCCCGGAAGAAGAGGGCAGGCUGAUCCGGCUUCUUCACCCCUCCUUCCGCGAAUUUUUGCUGGAUUCACAGAGAUGUCCCAACACGACGUUUUGCAUCGACGCUACGGAGGCACACCGACACCUUUGUCUCCACCGAGAUAUGAGCGGCCUUAGAUGGCCAGGAAUCCGAGUUGGCGACGUUCUCAGGUCAGAGGUGAAUAAGAAUAUUCCAUUCAGUGUCCAGUACGCCUGUCGGUACUGGGUCUAUCAUCUCGAGCGGAGCGAUGUCGACCUUCAAGAGCACCGUGGUAUCGCGGAAUUUUUCGAGGCUCGCUUCCUCUUCUGGCUGGAGACACUCGCCUUAAUUGGUCGGCUGGCUGAUGGGAUUGCUAUGCUCCAGCUUCUAGAAAUGAGAUUACCUCUCCUGCCUAAACGUGCACAAAAUCCUCCGACUCUAGGAGCAGUGGUUUACGAUGCAAAGCGGUUCCUACGAAGCCACAGCUCAAUUAUCGAGGAGGCUCCGCUUCAGUUAUACUGCUCCGCUCUUGUGUUUAGUCCCGAAGCGAGUAUUAUUCGGCGGCUUUACAUGCGGCAUCUCCCUAAGUGGAUCGUACAUGCACCGGCACUCUCAGAAGACUGGAGUGCGCAUUUGCAGAUGCUAAGCCAUCCGAGUCCAGUCUCUGCUGUCGCCUUCUCGCCGGACGGCCGGCUCAUCGUGUCGGGCUCUUACGAUCAGACGGUCCGCGUAUGGGAUGCGGCUACAGGGACCGAGCGGCGUGUGCUCCGGGGCCAUUCGAAGUCGGUCCACGCCGUCGCCUUCUCGCCGGACGGCCGGCUCAUCGUAUCGGGCUCUAACGACGAGACGGUCCGCGUAUGGGAUGCGGCUACAGGGACCGAGCGGCGUGUGCUCCGGGGCCAUUCGAACUUGGUCUGCGCCGUUGCCUUCUCGCCGGACGGCCGGCUUAUCGUGUCGGGCUCUUACGACCAGACGGUCUGCGUAUGGGAUGCGGCUACAGGGGCUGAGCGGCGUGUGCUCCGGGGCCAUUCGAACUCGGUCUGCGCCGUCGCCUUCUCGCCGGACGGCCGGCUUAUCGUGUCGGGCUCUCGCGAUAAAACGGUCCGCGUAUGGGAUGCGGCUACAGGGGCCGAGCGGCGUGUGCUCCGGGGCCAUUCGAAGUCGGUCUACGCCGUCGCCUUCUCGCCGGACGGCCGGCUCAUCGUAUCGGGCUCUGACGACCAGACGGUCCGCGUAUGGGAUGCGGCUACAGGGGCCGAGCGGCAUGUGUUGCAAGGCCAAAAACCCACUCUACGGUUUUUGUCCUUUUCCUCUUGUGGUAAACAUCUUAUUACCGAUUCGGGAAUUUUACAGCUGGUACGAGUACGUUGCCAAUGGGCGAGCACAGUGUGCAAGCCCCCACUCAUCGAAAAAUGGUCCGUGCUAAGAUUGUUUCGACAUCAAAAUUUCGGACACUGA